AUGGCGGCGGUGCGGGCGGCGCUGCUCGCCCCGCUGCUGGCGCUCGGCCGGGCCGGGUCGGGGCCCGCGACCCCCGCGCGGGUCGAGGUGGCCGUGUCGGGGCCCGGGGCAGCGGGGCCGGACGGGGACGGGGCCGGCAGCGGGGCCGGCAGCGCGGCCGCGGUGCCCGGCGGCUCGUACACGCUGCGCGGGGCCGUGCUGGGAGCGGGGGGCGGCCGGGCCGGGCCGGGCCGGGGGGGCCCGCGGGGGGAGCGGGAGGAGAUGGAGAUCCGAGGCCGCCUGGUGCUGGUGGGUGACGUGGAGCCGGAGCUGAGCGCUGCCGACAGCUGGAUCGGGGUGGUGCCCGUGGGCACCGAGGAGCCGGCUGAGGGCCCCCGGGGUGCCAAGGAGGAGUCCUUCACCACCGCCGUUGUCACCAAGAUGAAGCGAGCGCUGGUGCUGGGGGCCUCCGCCCUGCUCAUUCUGGCGCUGAACCAGAACGCCAUCCGUGAGCUGGACGUGUCCCAGCUGCUCGCCAAGCCCGUCAUCGUCAUCCAGUCCUCAGACAAUGUCACCAGGCUGCUGGGAGCGCUGCUGCGUGGGCUCCAGGCUACGGCGAAGAUCACGUACCAGGCAGUGCUGCUGGAGAACCUGGGAGUGACCCUCACGCUGUGGUCCACCUGCGGCCUGUCCCGAGGGGGCCUCUACGGGGAGUGGCAGGGGGUCAUCUGCCCCGGGGAGAGCAGCUCGCAGGUCCAGAAGUACCUGCAGCAGCUGUGGAACACCAUCCUGCUGAUCGCCCUGCUGCUCUGCACCGGCGUCAUGGUGCAGGCCCAGCGCCAGUCGCGGCAGGACCUGUCGGAGCGUGACGCCGAGCUGGACCUGAAGCAGCACAUCCGGCGGCGGCUGUUGGCGCUGAAAACCCGGCGGUACCAUCCUGGGAAGCCGCCCCGGAGCCGGGCCUGCGAGAUCGACAGCUGUGCCGUGUGCCUGGACCAGUUCCACAAGAGCCAGUGGCUGCGGGUGCUGCCCUGCUCCCAUGAGUUCCACCGGGACUGUGUGGAUCCCUGGCUCCUGCUGCAGCAGACCUGCCCUCUCUGCAAGCGCAACAUCCUGGGGAACUGCUGCACGGACAGCUAGCUGGCCCGAGGACACACUCCAGGGACAGACCCAUGGCUGCUCCAGGGACAGGGAGGGGCCAGGGGGUGCCCAGCGAGCGGCACUUGCUGCUGGAGCAGGGUUGGUGUGGCUGUGCCCAUCACAGUGCCCAGACUUCGGAGAGGGAAGGACUUUGGGCUCUCCUGCUGGGUGUGAGUAGAGGGGUGGGGGAAUCCAGAUGGGCAGUGCUGGGAAGGGAAGAUUUGGGGCACCCAUGGGUGUAACGGGGUGGGGGCUGGGGCAGGGAGAGCCCUGGUCCUGCUGCGCUCUUGCCCUGCUCACAGCAAUUUUUCUAAGUCUUGGGUUUUUUGUCUAUUUGCUGGUAGCUGUGGCAGGGUAGGCAGAGCCUGGCUGCAGUGCCAGCCCCUCCAGGAGGUGGGUGACAAACCUGCCAGGGCUGGGGCUGGCAGGGCUGUGGGGUGACUCACGGCCUCACCGUGGGAGGGCAGGGGUCAGAUGCUUUAUUUAUAAUAACUUAUUAGAAAGGAUGGCAUGAGUUGGCUGCAGAGCCAACACAGGGCUCGGCUCACCAGCACAGUCACUGGGGACACACCAUGGGUCCUGCCCGGGUCCUGCCCCACGGGCUGCAACAUGGCACGUGUCCAUUCCUAUUAAACAUGGAGCAAGG